AUGCUACAAGAAUUCAAAAACUGCAUCAAAGAGAUUUUAAUCCUAGAUCCUAGCAACAAUGGUCUUCCGAAUUCAAUAGUACUCGCCAAGAAGCACUUGAUCACUCCUGACGUCUUACAAAUUUUCAAAAAGUUGGAAUCAUUAUACGUUCUGGAGUUCGCCAGAAUGAAACUACAUCAAUUAGAAAGGUACAUUCGGAAAUGUAUUUCUCAUUUACGGCACAUUGAAAUAGAAAUGAAAGAUGAAAGUGGUUCUCAAGACGAGGGCUUCCUUAUCUUGUCAGUGGCCCAACCACAACAGCAAGUAAUCCGGCUUGAAAUCAUGUUCCGAGAACCUAUUACUCAAAGUGAUAUGCUUUGUAUGAUGCAUAACUAUCCGUCGCUCCAAGAAUUAUGCUUUGCAGUGAAUGGACCACUGGAUGAUUUGUCUGAUUCUGUCGACGUUGCAAUCACCUAUCAAUUCCUAGAGUAUUUGUUCAAAACUCCUUAUGUCGACUUUGAUGAAAUACAUAUCAGUAUUGAUAGUAUUCCUCAACUCAUCCACUUUGUUGCAAGAUCAAUCCAAGUCAAGACAGUGCGUUUCUCGGCCCUGGACCCAAAGGGCAAAGACCAAGCGUUGAUCAGUCUACAUCAUAAUUUGAAAAAUCCAAAGACAACCAAUAACAAAAGCGAGCAGAUCAAGACACACUUUUGCCAAUUCGAAGUGAUACUGAUUUCACAUGAACCACACAUGCUAUUCAGUCAUGUCUUGAAUGUCUUCAAAGCAGGAGAUAUCGAAAAACUGAUCAUUGGACCGCAAUACAUACAAGAUGGCUCACUACCGCUUCAAAUCACCCGAGGUAUGAUCAAUGCUAUCCUUGAUGAUUACCAAAUGCUGAAUGGCUUGGUGUUCACUCUUGUUGAGUUUCCUGAAGACGCUCCAGCUGUACCAGCCACAGGACGAAAGAAAUGUUUAGAGACUUUGGCUUUGCAGGAGUGUGUCAUCAACCCAAGUUAUCUUGCUGAAUUUUCUCUUCAACUUGAGCAUGUGGAUGAGCUCAAAUACCUCGAUUCCAAGGUAGACCAAUAUUACCUCAACAGUGAAAAUGCAAAAAUCAGUAUCCACAUGCCGCACACCACAUUCACGAACAUUGAUUUUGCGUUUCCUGCCAUUGGAUCGUACCUCAUCAAGGUUACGACCGCUGAUGCUUGCUUCAGAAUCAAGACAUCGCGCAAACAGGGUCUGGCACCAUUGUCAUCAGAGGAGUAUCACCAGCUUGAGAUUGCAAACGAUACCUACCAAGUGGAUAUGGUCUGCCAUGCCGUCAAUACUAUCACUACCAAUCAUGGCUCUUUCAAUGUGUGA